AUGUCGGAGGGGCUCUUGACGCAGUGGCGGGACCGCGUGGUGGAGGCGGAGACGGAGAUCAGCGUGGUUCAGGAGGACAUCAGCGCCCUCUUGGGUCGUCGAAAGGAGAUAAAGCAGGACAUCUCCCGGUACGACAGGCUUGUGCAGCGGGAGAAGCAGGAGAUGCUGAAACGACUGGAGGAGGUCGAGGGACAGGCGCGGGAGCUGGAGGAGCGAUGCCAAAAAACGGUGCAGCAGAAGGCACGCGUGGAGGAGAUGUACGUUCAGACGCUGGACAACUAUGAGUCCAUGCAUGAUACGGUGAAGGAGAUACAGGCGGAGGAGCAGCGGCUUCAGGAGCGGGAGGACGUGGAGACUGUCCUGCAGCGGGAGAGUCUCGCGUGGGCGGAGGAGGAGCACGGCCUGCGCACAAAACUGAGCGUCUUACAGAGCGCUCUUAAAGGGAAACGGAAACAACGCCAUGAAGAAGUGACGGCGCUUGAUACAGAGUUGGCGGCAGCGGAGCGGCAACUUCUACAGGUGCGGCAUGAGCGCCAGAAGGAUAUGCAGGCGCAGACUCCGCAGCUCCAGGUCACAAAACACAGCCGUCAUGGCACUCCACUUGAAUCCGCUCAAUUUGCCGUCGCCGCCGCCGCAGAUGCUAACGACAAGGAACAACAAUUUAUCACAGCAAAUGCAUCUACUAGUGUCCCGACCCGCCAGCUGCGGUCUUGCCUGAAGAACACAAGCGCCACGACGGACAGCUACUCGUUCAGUGACACGAAGACACAACCAGGCAACGGCAGCAUCAAUAAGAACUCCACGGGUAGCAGCAGUGUUUGCCACACCGUUCCUGCAACAAAUUUUAAUUCCGCACCAGUUUCAAGGGCCGUAUCGCAGGCAUUGGUGGCAGGUGAUGACACCGUGCUUGGCGGCGUUGAUUCCACUCAUGUGACGCCACACCGGGCGUAUUCAUAUGCUUCAGGAAAGAAGGCGGGCAGCAGGAAGCGUGAAAUCAUUCUGCUGGGCGAUGCGACAAACCGGUAG